AUUAUUACCUGGCGAUAAAUAACGACAAAUUAUUGCUUGAUUUGAACAAACGAAAUGUAUUUGAAAAUAUUGUUUUUGAAUUUGAUUGCAUCAUCAUUGAUGAUAAUGACUAUUGAUUGUGAUAUAACAUCUUUAAAGCAAGGAUUUCAACCAGUGGAUGUAAAUGAUCGAAGAAUAAUUAAUGUAUUGAAUAAUGUGGAACCACAAAUGAAUGACAGAAUAGAUUCUACUAAUCUUUUUCGAGUUGAAACAAUUCAAUCUGCUGAGAUGAUUGAAGAUGGCCAACAUAAUCAAAUUCGAUGUUCAAUUUUAUACGGUGAAACUGAAUGUAACAAAACUGAAAUCUAUCAUAUUUAUACCUGUAAAUUUACUGGUCAUCAUAUACGUUGUAAUGUUCAUAUUAUGAAUUGGCGCAGGGAUAUAUUGGAACAUUUCGAUUGUUAUCAACAUUAAAAAUUUCUAAAUCAAUUUGACAAUCUGUGUGUUUGACAUUUAAACAAAACAAGUUUAUUCUGCAAAAUAAUCACUAAUAAAAUGAUAAAAUGUUAAAGCCAAAAUAAAAUAUAUGUGAUGAAGAAGCAUAAUCAGUGGCGAAAUUGAAUUAUUAGUUCCUAUUUUGUUCAAACUAAAUUUAUUUUGUUUUGUUCUAAAAACUAUUCAUUCCAUUCGAUUGUUAAGAGCCAACAAGUAAUAAACUAUUAAAUUUAUUUGAAAA